CGCGGGAAGGAGAUACCCUGCUUUCUGGCGCACGCUCGCUCCUUGACGACGAGAUCAACUGAGGUGAUGACUUUGCUGUUGGCAAUGGUAGAAAGGACUCUGUAGUAGAGCAAUUGAGGUUUGUAGUGUUUCUUUCUUCUCUUUUUUGUCGAUGAUCAUGAUCUCUUAUGUAAGAAAAUGAGUUCAUUAUUUCUUUUGUAGAUAGUUUAUACAUGCUCUUUCUAUUGGGUCUUAUGUGUUUGAUUUGUUUUUAGAAUCUUACUUUUGCACGACAUGGUGAAUCAUAAUUGGUAGAAGACUGUGCCUGUAACAGGGGAUGAUCUCAUAAUGCCUCUACCAGUGUUCUUAUAUAGAGUUCAGUUUGCUUCUUUGUUUGUUUGUUUGUUAUCAUUUGUAAAGAUGCUAAUUGAUGGAGAGAAGAAAAUAGAUCCAUGUUUUGAUAUUGGAAAUCUUUCAAACUGAUUUGUUUAAAGAAGGCCAUCUACCAUGUUUCCCUCAUUUUCUUUCCAUUUUAGUUUAUUGAAGCAUCAAGAUGGCAUUCGGUGCAUUAGUAAAUGUAAUCUAAUGUUUGAAACUUAUUUUAUUACCUUUAAGGAACAAUGAAAAUAAGUUUCACUGUAGAAUGAUCUUUCUCAAGUAGAUUUACUCUAGUAGCUGAUACACGGAUGAAAUAUUGGAGAUAGAAAGAAGCACAGAAUUUUCCUUGCAACCUCUAUGUGAAGCUUGGUUUGUAACAUACUUUCCUGUAGAACAACUUGGUCUCUUUUCCUAUUUCUCUCAUUAUUCAUUCUGCUGAUCCUCACGGAUAUGUGGAUAGAGCAUUUGCCACUAUCGAUCAAUUACCAGUGACCACUUGUGGUAACUUGGGCAUUGUUAUUUUCCAGCAAGCAAAUGGAUCCUCAGGGCAUUGCUGUUGGGUUUAUAGGACGAUUUCACAAGCAUAAUUGAUCCAAAGCAUAUGCAUAGUUGAUUUGUUCAAUGUAGUACUUCUUAGCCUUUCCUUUUGUAGCAGUUAUCCAACAUUGGAGUAUAAGUCCUGCAUAAUGAUUUUCUUUGUUAUCUAGCUGGCAGCAAUGACUGUUAAAAAAUGACUGAAUGUGAACCAAGGAUCAUUGAUGUGGAUGAUCCAAUUAACUUCACUGGUAUUUUCUCUGAAGAAAGUGAGCAUAUGUCGAUAUCUUCAGAUAGCUUGUCUUCUUCUAUCCUAAGCUCUGAUGGGUCACAAGAUGUUACGCGGUGCGAUAGCUUUAGACUCUCACUGCAAAGUCAAUUCUCCUCAAUGCCAUUGUCGACAAUCCCCCUUGUUUCUUUAGACAAGGGAGAUAUUUCUGAGGGAAAAUAUGAGGAGGGACUACAAGCAGGUGUCGUCGGAGAUGAAGGGAAAGAGAUUUCAGUUGCCUGUCAAGAGGGUUGCAAUUGUUACCAAAUUGAGAAUUCAGUGGGCAGCAGUAUAAGUUCAGAUACGUCAUCAUGGGAUUUUGAAAGAAUAGACAUUUGCAUAUCUUCGUUGAAUCUGGAGAGGAAGGAUUCAUCUGAGCUUGUACAGGGUGGAGAAACAGCACUCGACAUCUUUGAUUCUGAUCUUCUCAGCCCUUCUUUCAGCGCCUUAAGUGCUGUGAGAGACUUUAAACCUUGGCCGUCGAGUAGACCCUUAGCAUCUGUUGGUCAAGAGGAUGAAGUCAGUUCGACAAGCACUGAUUCAGAUGAACCACUUUUUUGGCCACUCGACCACAGCUUGUACUACUUCCUGGACUUUGAGAAGUUCCUAUGCCCAUCUCCCUGUGGCAAGGAAGAUAAAAGUGUCACGACUGCAAGAAUUCCUUUGUCAAAGCUGGCUAAGUUGGGAAUCCAUCAGAACAGUCCACAAGCCAACAAGAAGGAUGAUCGAGGAUUUAGAAGAAGGAUCCCACUGAAUUCUGCUACUAAAUGUGAUUCAAAAGUUCGGGGCAAUGGAGCUCCAAAGACUACUUCGAUGCCGUCUAUGUUAGGCAUAUCUACAAGAACUACUUCUCCUCGUCAUCCUUGCAAUAUCUCCAAGAGAAGAGGAAAGCCUCAGUUGAAGAUAGAGGUGGCAAGGGAAGAAGACUAUGAUAGUAGUGAACCAGUGAAUCUACUUUCAAAGGAAGCUGAGCUAUUUGAUUGCAUGUUGGAAAGGGGAUCAAUUGAAGACUUAAUUGGUUUAAACGAGUUCGACGGCCAUGAAGGGAUUGAUGCUAAUCUUGGGGAACAACUUACACUUCUUUUAUCUCCUUGCGGAGGCCUAAUUCCGCUGGACGCUGAGUUCAUCAAAGGGCGGUAGGGGUCGUAAGUAACAAGCAUGAACAUUGCCAUUGUUUAGAUCAUAUAAGAACUGCCAUGCAACAUAAUAAGGGAAAGUUCAACCAAGUUAUCGAUAUUCAGUAUUAAUCUCAAGCUUGAAUUGUUCCCUGAACACAGAAAGAAUCUUUAACUGUCAUGGUUUGAGGAGGACAUGAUGCAGGGAAUGGUACUCAGUUAACUUAGUUCCUCAAAAGCAUUACUGUAUCUGAAGGGCUAUAUAUUGAAUUCAUAAUAUCGACAAACUUAUGUAAAAUUCUCGGCCAAACGAUGAGAUCGAUCAGUAUUUGGCACCUGCUGAACUAAAAGUAGUGCUCAAAGUGAACUUACCUGUAAUAUUGUGUCCCAAGAGAGUUUGAACUUUUGUUGCACGUUUUUUUUGUUUUCUCAAUAAUUGG